CCCGCUGACAGGCAGCAGACGCGGAGAACCGGGUUAGAGGGUCAGUGCCUCGCAUGGAGCAGCAGAGACCGGUCGCCCAUUGAUCCGAGCUCUGACCUCUGCAGUGGAUGAUCUGUGCAGAGCCCCCCCCCCCCCCAACAAAUAAUCUACACUGGCGUUUGAAGGUGGUUUCUUUUCCUCCGCUGCCUGUUAAUGGAUGUAAUCAUGUGGCAGAUAGCUGAUCAGCUUCCCUGGAUUUCGCAGACCACCCCUCUUUGUUUCGCCUGAAGAUGGAAACGCUGGAGUCUGAGCUGACCUGCCCAAUCUGUCUGGAGCUCUUCGAGGACCCGCUGCUCUUGCCCUGCGCUCACAGCCUUUGUUUCAACUGCGCCCACCGCAUCCUGGUGUCCCACUGCACCCCCAGCGAGCCAAUUCAGUCAAUCAGCGCCUUCCAGUGCCCUACGUGUCGCUAUGUCAUCACCCUCAACCAGAGGGGCCUAGAGGGACUCAAGCGCAACGUCACGUUACAGAACAUCAUCGACCGCUACCAGAAAGCUUCUCUAAGUGGACCUAACUCUCCGAACGAGACCCGGCGCGAGCGGGUCGUCCCCACCAGCAAAGCCAUGACCUCUCCAAGUGCCCGGGUGCAGUGUCAGUUCUGCGAGCAGGACCCUCCACAGGACGCCGUGAAGACCUGCGUCACCUGUGAGGUGUCGUACUGCGACGAGUGUCUCAAGGCCACCCACCCCAACAAGAAGCCCUUCACGGGCCACCGUCUAAUUGAGCCCUUGCUGGAUUCCCAUCUGCGGGGACUUAUGUGUCUGGAGCACGAGGACGAGAAGGUCAACAUGUACUGUGUGACCGAUGAGCAGUUGAUCUGUGCAUUGUGUAAGCUGGUCGGCCGACACCGAGACCACCAGGUGGCCGCCCUCGGCGACCGAUACGACAAACUCAAGAAAUCUUCUGGCCGCUUUCUCUGUGUGGGGAGUGAACAUUCACACCAGGAGACGGACCAGCAAGCCCUGGAUUCCAACCUCAACAGUCUAAUCAAGAGGACCAGUGAGUUGGAAAGUCUGAUGGGCAAGCUUAUCCAAACCUGCCAACACGUGGAGGUAAACGCAUCGCGACAAGAGAACAAGCUGCUUGAGGAGUGUGAGCUGCUGAUUAAUAUCAUACAGCAGCGGAGACAAAUCAUUGCCACCAAGAUAAAGGAGGGGAAGUCUGUGCGGAUGAGGAAGCUGGCCCAGCAGAUAGCCAGCUGCAAACAGUGCAUCGAGAGGUCCUCCUCCCUCAUCACGCAAGCCGACCAUACCCUGAAGGAGACGGACCACACUCGCUUCCUGCAGACGGCUAAGAGUACCUGCGAGAGAGUAUCGAUGGCAACGGCCUCCUCUCAAAUCCUGUUGCCAGAAAUCAACCUUAAUGACACGUUUGAUAGUUUUGCUUUGGACUUUACGAGGGAGAAGAAAAUGCUGGAAAGCUUGGAUUACCUCACAGCUCCAGACCCGCCAGCGAUCCGCGAGGAGCUGUGCACAGCUUCGUACGACACGAUCACGGUUCACUGGACGUCAGACGAUGAGUUCGUUGUCGUGUCGUAUGAACUUCAGUACGCCAUCUUCACCAGCCAAUCGAAUGUCGUCAGUUUAUGCAAAUCUGCUGAUAGCUGGAUGAUCGUACCCAACAUCAAGCAGAAUCACUACACCGUGCACGGACUCCAGUGUGGCACCAAGUACAUCUUCAUAGUGAAGGCCAUAAACCAGGCCGGAAGCCGCAGCAGUGAACCGGGGAAGCUCAAGACAAACAGUCAGCCGUUCAAGUUGGACGCAAAGUCCGCUCACAAGAAGCUGAGGGUGUCCCACGACAACCUGACAGUGGAGAGGGACGAGACGUUGUCCAAGAAGAGCCACAGUCAGGACCGCUUCUCCAGCCACAGCAGCUACGGAGUCCCAGGAAACGUCUACAUCGACAGCGGCCGCCAUUACUGGGAGGCUCUGAUAGGAGGAAGCACAUGGUUCGCAGUGGGCAUUGCUUACAAGUCGGCACCAAAGCAGGAGUGGAUCGGCAAGAACUCGGCGUCCUGGGUGCUGUCCCGCUGCAACAACUCGUGGGUGGUGCGUCACAACUGCAAGGAGAUACCGAUCGAGCCUUCGCCCCACCUGCGGCGUCUCGGAAUACUGUUGGACUAUGACUCUGGCUCCCUGUCUUUCCACGACGCCAUCAGCUCCCAGCACUUGUACGCGUUCGACAUCGCCUUCGCUCAGCCGGUUUGCCCCGUGUUCAAUGUGUGGAACAAGUGUUUGACAAUCCUCACGGGUCUGCCCAUCCCAGAUCACCUAGAGGGGGCGGAUUUCAACAACUGACGGAAAAAAACCUGUCCUGCCGCUGGAUUCUCUUUGUGUGCCCCCAACAAAAGAAGCACCAGACUACCUGCACCUCUCUGACUGUGAUGACCAGACUCCUUGUGUUGGCAAAACUGAGAACAGUUGCCGAACAUGAUGCAUUUACUGCCCCUGGUGUACAUUCCAAUUCAAGCCUUUGUUGAAAUUAAUUGGACUUAUUUAAGAAAUGUUUUACAGGCAUCUGUAUUUGUAUUUCUUCGCUUUGCACAAUCAUGUACGUUACUCAGCUGGACGGUUUCAAGGGUUUGCUUACAGUUUUGACUUUGUGGAGAUUUCUUUGUUCAUUUCCAAGAUCACAUUUCAUGUUUUUCCAUUCCUGUGUUUUUUUAUGGAAGGUGAUAAAUCUUUAAACACAAGUGACAGGUUGUGUUAUAAGGUAAAUGUCAGGUUCUUGAAAUCUUGUUUAAUUCAUAGCACUUUCAGGAGACAAAGUUGUCUCUCUAAAAAAUGUCUUUCUAUGCCACUUGUAUAACACAAAUGAUUGCUUGACAUGAGGAAAAUGCACUUGGAUUGAUCAGAUAAGAGUAGUUCACAGUUUAUUUUAACUUGAAAUGUGUCGGCUCAUUUGUAUGCAAAUGCUCUAAUACAGGUCAGCAUUAAGAGAUCAUACUUUUUUUCCUUUACUCUAGAAACUUCAGAAGAACUCAGCAUCACAGUUUCCACGUUUGAUUUCUCUCCGAUAAGAUACAAUAAAAGUGACUUUAUUUGAU